AUGGCUCCUAUUAGUGUUGGUUCUUUGGUUUAUGGGUACCAAGCCAUCGAUAUUAUCGCAUUUCGCCUUGGCUUAAAUCUAGAUCCUGUGCAUCUUAUCGCUGAUAUUGCUAUUAUGCCUAGCUGCACCGUUGACAAUGCGCCUGAACUUGGUAUCCGGAUAUUCGGCAGGCCUGGCCCUGCAGGGUUCAGGCUUGACCCAAAGUUUGCUGAAUACAUUCGGCACCAUGUGGCAGUCGGAAAGCUGCAUUUCACCAACUGCACCAGCGCUUUCGUAGCCGCAAAAGCAGGUGUUCUAAAUGGCAGGGCGGCAACAGUCAAUCACGUUAAAUACAAAGAGGUAAAGAAGCGACAACCUUCGGAAAAGUAUAGUACAGAACUUUUUACUGCAGCUGCUAUGGGCCUUAAAUAUGAACCGAGGAACAGCGAGGGGAUACUAGACAUCAUUCCUAAGAGGUAUGACCCUUCUGGAAAGCAGAUCUCUAUGUAUGUCUUUAAAUAUUACGAAUCUUACUAG